AUGCCAGAAAUAAUAACAAUAGAUUCAGACGAAACAACAACGUAUCAAAAUUUAUCUCCAGCUCAGUCGAAAAUUAUAAUUAAUAAUCACAUAUUAAUAGCAUGUAUUGAUACAGGAUCAUCAAUAUCGAUAAUUGAUUCAGAAAUAUUGAAUAAAAUAGAUCCACAUGCUAAAAUAGAAUCACCGCUGCCUGUUGUACUACAAACGGUGAAUUCAACAAGUCAUCCUAUGGGUAAAACAAGAUUAAAUGUCGCAUUUGUCAACAAAACAAAUUCGGCAAUCUCAUCAAUACCAAUUGAGUUUAUCAUUAUUUCUAAUGCUCACACGAAAAUAAUUAUCGGCUAUGAUUGUUUAUUAAAAAAUGGUGCAAAAUUAAAUCUGGUUGAUGGUCAUUUUACAUUAAAGAAUUCAAAAAGUGGUCAAAUACCAUUUAUUGUGCAUGAUGACAAACCACACUUUCUAGAGCAACAGUCGUCACAUUUUUUCACGAAAUCAUUUGAUAAUGAAGGAAAUUUAAUAAAACCGUUACCUAAUGUAGAAACAACAACACCUUCAACACUAGAAACAAGACAAUUAAAUGCAGCUGAACAGAAUUAUAGCGCCACUGGAUUUGAAUGUUUAGCUGUUGUCUGGUCAUUGAAAAAAUUACGUACAUAUUUAGAUGGUUCAAAAUUUGAAUGUAUUACAGAUCAUAGUGCACUACAGUGGUUAUUUGACUUCAAUGGGCAUAAUAAACGUUUAUUAAGCUGGUCACUCAGUACACAAAAUUACCGUGAUACAAUGAAAAUAGUUCAUAAACCAGGUAAAAAACAUAAUAAUGUUGAUCCAUUAUCUCGUAAUCCAUUACCAGUAAUUAAUAAUAUAACAUCAAUCUCACUAUCAGCAGAAGUUAAACGACAAUUUGUAUCCUCUUAUUUACAAGAUGAUUAUUUCUAA